AUGUCAAAACUGUAUCAGAUUCUGGUGUCCUAUUUUGUCAUUCAGUGUUAUUUCAUUACAAUCGGGAAGCCGUUAUUUAAAGGAAUAAGUAUCAAAAAAGGAUUUGAUAUCUCAUUUAUACCUUUGCCUAAGAAGCCGUUGUCAUUCAUAACAGAGAAAUGGUCCCCUUUUGGUAUAUUUGGAGUUAAACACGCUAUACAGAAGAGAGAAUUGAUUGAAGAAGAGGAGCCAAUAGUGACUAUGAAGACUUCGUUACAACCACCGCCAAUGCCCACCAUCACUCCUUUACCUCCAACACCGGCUGGGCCAAUGAAAACCAUUUUAAUAAAUGAAGACGUUUCAAGACUGCCAAUUGAUGACAGUAUUGAAACUAUGUCUUCAGCUGUUGUUCCUGUUCCUUUAGAACCACCUUUAUCAUCAAAUUUUGAGAUAAUACCCACAACAAAAGAGGAAAAAGGGCCUUCUGGAUUCUACACAGAUAUAUCACGUGCGGUUCCAGUGAAUAACUAUUUAAAUCUGGUGGAACGUCCUGCAUUUCCGGCUGUUGCUCCAGUUGUAGAAAAUGAACUUCCACCAAAUAUACCAAGUGUACCAAAAGAGAAUCCAAACGUUGAUCCAUUACUGGAAAAUAAUUCAAUUGUUAGAGGAUCAAAAUUAGCGUUGUACUUUAGUAAUUUAUUCUUGCAGCUCUUUUCACAAUUCCUAGCUAAUGCGCGUGUAACUUUAAAUCAAUUUUCUGAUCCAACUGUAUGAAAUGGAAUUCAAUAAACUUUUAUAAUA